GUGACUGUAAGAGCUUCGUUGUGUUCUUGAAGAAAGAGAAGAAGUGAUUAUGGUGAAAUGAUAACUCUGGUUGUUUCGAAGAAUACUCGACCAAUUUCUCAUGCCUUUGUUCGAAAUUGCUGCCGCCCAGCCUUCUCUUCACUCCCGCAUCUUUUCUUCUAGGGUUGAAUCGCUUCUCCAUGGUAAAUUUGUAAUCGGCGAUGACAAGAGCUUCGGCUCUCCACGGAAGCACCUCGUCCGCUUUGCCGAGAAAGAAAACUAUUUUAGUUUUAGUCUCGUUUCUAAGAAUACAACCUUAACAACUGUUGUUAGGGCAGUGACUACCAUUGACCCCGAUUCUUCGGCUCAGAAAGAUGAUAAUACCAGUGCUGCUGCACAGAUUGAUGAGCCGGAGGUGGAGCUGGAGCUGGAUGAGAGAGAGAGAUUAAGGAGGAUGAGGAUUUCAAACGCAAAUAAAGGAAACACUCCAUGGAACAAGGGAAGGAAGCACAGUCCAGAAACAUUGCAACGCAUUAAAGAAAAAACCAGGCUAGCUAUGCAGAAUCCUAAGGUCAAGAUGAAAUUAAUUAACAUUUCUCAUUCUCAAAGCGAUGAAACGCGGGCCAAGAUUGGGAUUGGGGUGAGGAUUGGAUGGGAGAAGCGUCGCGAGAAACAAAUGCUGCAGGAAACAUGCCACUUCGAGUGGCAGAAUUUGAUAGCGGAAGCUUCUAGAAGAGGUUUUGUUGGCGAGGGAGAACUUCAAUGGGAUGCAUACAAGACCUUGGAUGAACAGCUCCAGCAGGAAUGGUUAGAAAGCGUGGAGAAAAGGAGAAAAGCUAUGAAGCCGGCAGGAAGCAAAAGAGCCCCCAAGUCUGCUGACCAGAAGAAGAAAAUUUCAGAGGCAAUUUUUGCUAAAUGGGCUGAUCCUGAAUAUCGCAAUAGGGUUUGCUCUGCACUUGCCAAGUAUCAUGGCACGGCCGAUGGAGCUGAGAGGAAGCCAAGAAGAAGGCCAGUUCGUGAUGGACAAACUGGCAUAAGGACUGCCAAAAGGAAAAUCAAGGAUACUGAAAAUUCAGAAAAGAGAGUUUCAAGUAAGCCUCGUUUGAGAAGCAAAAUGCCAGUGUAUAAGGAUCCUUUGGCAAGUUCCAAACUUGAGAUGAUAAAGCAAAUAAGAGCCCAAAGAGUAGCCAAGGAAGCAAAGAAAACUGAUGCCAUUGAAAGAGCAAAGCAAUUGAUUGCAGAAGCUGAAAAGGCUGUUGAGGCCCUUGAAGUGGCUGCAACAAGGAACCCUCUUGCUCAAGCUUCUCUAAUUGAAGCUAGAGAACUCAUAGCAGAAGCAACCCGAUCCAUAGAGAAUGUGGUGAAUGAUUCUCUUGGGAAUGAGAAACAAGUUAAUGGAAAUGGAGUCCAUUCGGUCAUGCCAGAUGAGAGCAGCAAUGUCAAAGACUUGGACUUCACCAAUUUCUCCUUCCAUGAUUUUAUCAAUGGCAAAGAAAAAGCUGUCACAGAGAACACAACUUACUAUAAUCUGCCAAAUGCUCUGGAGGAGCUUUAUGAAGCGGACAGCAAUGGUUACGGCUUGCCUUCUGUUGACCUAGACAGUUUACUGAAUGGGUCCAGCAUCCGAAAGAACCUAAGUCAGCUUGAACCAAAUAUAAGAGAGAAUGGACCCAAACCCAAUGGGAUCAAGCUACAACAUCAAAUAGAGAACCAGACGCCUCCAUCAAUGGAAAAAGUAGUAACUAAGAAAUGGGUGUGCGGGAGGCUUAUUCAAGUGCAGGAAGGAACAUAGAAAUGUGUGGAUAGUACAUUUUUUAAGAGACAAAAAAAAGGAUUCUAGAUACCUUGCUUGUAUUGGGAGAACUCAAAUUUUCGGAUUAAAUGCAAUUUCUGUUUUUCU